UUAGGGUGAGAGAUGACAUAAGUCGUGUCGUCAGCAAAGAGAAUGGGUUUCAGGUGUUGGGAUACGUUUGGAAGAUCAUUGAUGUAUAUGAGGAAGAGCAGGGCACCAAGGACACUUCCCUGCGGAACUCCAGUAUCAAGUGGCCGUGUAUUUGAUGCUGUGUCUUUAAUGGUGACAUACUGAUGCCUAUUAGUAAGGUCUAAGUGCACCUACCUGGCAAAGAUGGGAGACAGAGAGGGCCAAGUCCUUCCCUGUACACACUGGAGCUUCAACAAGACUACCUAUGACAACACCCUCACCUCUGAGUUUGAGUUGGUGUGUGACUAUGAUUUCCUCAGACCCACAUACUCCAGCGUGUACUUUUUCAGUGCCUGCCUUGCUGCCCCAUUGAGCGGCUGGCUCUCCGACAGGUACGGGUGCAAGACUAUGAUGAGUAUAGGUAUAGUUACAUAUAUUAUUCUUGGAAAUAGUCUCAACUGGUUACCUAACAUAUCUACCAUACUAGUGCUGCAUUUCAUGAUGGGACUGAUGCAUCCAACAUCCACACAGACUUCAUAUACUUUAGCCAUGGAAAUAUGUGAACCACGUCUUAGGUCUGUGGUGGGCAUUAUGGUGUACCUGCCUUGGACUCUGGCUCUCGUGUGGUGGGGUGGUAUAGCUUACCUCAUCAGAGACUGGCGCUGGUUGCUGGAUGAGUCGCCAAGGUGGUUGAUAGUUCAUGGCCACCAUGACCGUGCCCUCAAGGUACUGCAGAAGGCUGCCCGCUGGAACAAGGUUCAACUCCCUCCACAAGACCAGCUCCUUACUCUGAUGGGCAGCAUAACUCGUGAGCACGCAUACCACUUCACCAGCAGCAACCAAGGACUCCUCGCUUAUCUUCGUCUCGUUCUUAGCGAGUUCUCUGUGCUCCUUAAGAGUGUAACAUGAAGCGAGCCGGGAGUGAGAGGAAGAUCACCUCGUUCUUCAAGACAAAAGUGAUCCCGAAGAGUGGUGAUUUGGGGACCAUGAAGAGGAACACUGGCACCUAGAGCAGAUGGUUAUG